CACUUCAUCCAGUCUUUCAAACUCCUCUUCUUUCUCUCUAGUCUUUCUCCUGAAUAUUUUUAUAUUCACAUUUUUCAACUUUGGAUCUCGCCGAGAUUUUGCAGCUCAGAUCUCUCAUUUUCACCAAUAAUAACAUGAAGAAAGUUGUGAUGAAAAUUGAGUUGCAUGAUGACAAGGUGAAGCAAAAAGCCAUGAAAAUUGUAUCUGGCCUCGCUGGGGUGGAUUCAAUUUCAAUGGACAUGAAAGACAAGAAACUAACAGUAACAGGGGACAUAGAUCCGAUAACAAUAGUGGCUAAACUGAGGAAGCUCUGCCACACAGAGAUACUGACAGUGGGGCCAGCCAAGGAGCCAGAGAAGAAGAAAGAAGACGGUAAAAAAGAAGAGCCCAAGAAGGAUGACAAGAAGAAAGAUGAGGGUAAAAAAGAUGACGGUAAAAAGAAAGAUGAUCCAGUAAAAGCUGUUCCCUACCCUGGUUAUUUUGUACCACCACAACAAGCCUAUCCAGCAUAUUAUCAGCAGCAGCACUAUGCUUAUAAUUAUCAGCAGCAGCCUCAAGUGCCAUUACAGUAUUAUCAUAAUCACAGAAGCGCAGAAGAGGAUCCUAAUUCUUGUGUUAUUUGUUAAUUACAAUUUAAAAAUAUAUAUAUAAUUUUACAAUAAAUUUUAUGGUUUUCGGGGAGUACUGUAGUAGUAGAGGUGGUCCUAUAGGGUUGUAUAGGUGGUAAUGGUGGGUAUUUGUUGAUUAGUAUAGUAUUUUUGCUGUGUAAUGUUGAUGUUUAUUUUAAUUAAUCACCCGUCCACUUUUUUACUGUA